AUGAGGGAGGGGAGGAGGUGGGUGAGGAUGAGGGAGGAGGUGGGUGAGGAUGAGGGAGGGGAGGAGGUGGGUGAUGAUGAGGGAGGGGAGGAGGUGGGUGAUGAUGAGGGAGGGGAGGAGGUGGGUGAGGAGGGGGGGGAGGAGGUGGGUGAGAUGAGGGAGGGGAGGAGGUGGGUGAGGAUGAGGAGGAGGUGGGUGAUGAUGAGGGAGGGGAGGAGGUGGGUGAGGAUGAGGGAGGGGAGAGGAGGAGGGGGGAGGGGUGGGGAUGAGGGGAGGGGAGGAGGGAGGAGGUGGGUGAGGAGGAGGGAGGAGGUGGGUGAGGAUGAGGGAGGGGAGGAGGUGGGUGAGGAUGAGGGAGGGGAGGAGGUGGGUGAGGAUGAGGGAGGGGAGGAGGUGGGUGAUGAUGAGGGAGGAGGUGGUGAGAUGAGGGAGGGGAGGAGGUGGGUGAGGAUGAGGGAGGGGAGGAGGUGGGUGAGGAUGAGGGAGGGGAGGAGGUGGGUGAUGAUGAGGGAGGGGAGGAGGUGGGUGAGGAUGAGGGAGGGGAGGAGGUGGGUGAGGAUGAGGGAGGGGAGGAGGUGGGUGAGGAUGAGGGAGGGGAGGAGGUGGGUGAUGAUGAGGGAGGGGAGGAGGUGGGUGAGGAUGAGGGAGGGGAGGAGGUGGGUGAGGAUGAGGGAGGAGGGGGAUGAUGAGGGAGGGGAGGAGGUGGGUGAGGAUGAGGGAGGGGAGGAGGUGGGUGAUGAUGAGGGAGGGGAGGAGGUGGGUGAGGAUGAGGGAGGGGAGGAGGUGGGUGAGGAUGAGGAGGGGAGAGGUGGGUGUGAUGAGGAGGAGGUGGGUGAGGGGGAGGGAGGAGGUGGGUGA